UUGAAAUUCUUCUCCCCUCCUCCUCCCCGCGGCGUUAACACACACACACACAAAGUAUUUUUAAGUAGCCGAAGUGAACUAGAGCAGAUCCGAGUUCAAGUUGUGACAACUCGUUGUGUGACAUACCAAGCUCAGACAUUUAGGAAAGUAAUACCCACAUAGCUAAUCAUGUCCUUCGAUGAGAAAGUCAUCCAGUUUUUCAAGUAUGCAGACAAAGACAACAGUAACAGUAUAAGUCUGGACGAGUUGGUGCAGGUGUUCCGUUUGUGUGGCGACUACAGACCUGAGUGCCAGAUCAAGGAAUUGUUCAAAUUUAUCGACACCAAUAAUGACAAUAAAGUUUCCUUAGAAGAACUAAAAACUGUCUUGGCCAAACAGCCUCCAAAACAAAAGAGGGAAUUUGAUCUGAGAGCUGCCUUCAAAGAGAUAGACAAAGAUAACUCUGGCUCUAUUAAUAUCAAAGAACUUCAAGAAUUCCUCACUAAGAAUGGCUAUGACGAUGAUGUCAAGGCCGUCAUUGCUGCAGCAGAUAAAAAUGGCGACGGUGUAAUUAGCUUCGAAGAAUUCGUGGCUUUGAUUCAAUGAAAAUGAUGGAACAUUGUCUGAGCUUUCAAAUAUUUUUUUCUUUCGAAAAUUCCAGAAUAUGAUUGAAAUGAAUUGAUAUUUGACUUGAAUUAAAUGUUGCCUUUCUUCGACUAGGGUUAGGGUUAGGGUUAGGGUCAAUCAAUGAACCUUGGUUGACUGUUGUACAUGUUGCAAUGAUUAGUACAUUGUUUCCAGUUGUACAUGACAUGCACGUAUUCAUGAUUCUCUAACUACCUAAUAUAGACAUCAAUAGAAUCUUGAGAUGGAAAUAAAUUAUACAUUCUAUUUACACUCACACAAA